AUGGCACCGCGUACAGCCGUGGCCGUGAGUCUCGCGCAGAUCGCCAAGGUCAUCGACCAUUCCUUACUACAUCCAGCCAUGACCGACAAAGAGAUCCUCGCCGGCCUCGAGAUAGCCAAAAGGAAUAAGGUCGCAGCGGCAUGCGUCAAGCCUUACAGUAUUCCCGCGGCGAAGGAUGUCCUUGACGGAUCGGGAGUUCUUAUAUGCGCUGUCGUUGGAUUUCCUCAUGGGAACAGCACCACGGCUAUAAAGGUCCUCGAAGCUGAAGAUGCCGUUAAGACGGGAGCCCACGAGAUUGACAUGGUGGCCAAUAUAGGCAAGGUUCUCAGUGGCGACUGGGAAUAUGUGACUAAUGAGAUUCGGGCUGUUAACGAUACUGUUGUGAAGCACGGCGCCAUUCUCAAGCUCAUAUUCGAGAACGACUUCCUCCAGGACGACCACGUUGCGCAUCUGUGCAAGAUCUGCACGGCUCUCCCCGUGGCCUUCAUAAAGACGUCGACCGGCUUCGGGUUUGUGAAACAGCCCAACGGCUCAUAUACAUCCAAAGGUGCUACCGUACCGCGCUUACGGCUGAUGAAGGCCAACAUCGGACCCAACGUACAGAUCAAGGCCGCCGGCGGGAUACGAACGCUGGACGAGGUAAUGGGAGCUAUAUCGUUGGGCAUUACUCGGAUUGGUACGUCAGCCACUGCUUCUAUUAUUGAAGAAGCUAUCCGGAGGGGAAUCAACACUCCUCCGGGUUUCGCAUUAGUGUCUCCGGUAGAUUCUCGUGGCUGA